AUGGGCAGCCAGCAACAAGCAACAGGAUCCCCAGUGGCGGACAUACUGGACCGCCACCCGUUCGACCUUGCGCAAUAUGAAGACGUCUACAAGCAAAUACAUGCUCACCCUGAGCCAUCUCUGCACGAGGCCAACACAGCCUCUACUGUUGCUAAACACGCCGCGCUCAAGUCUUACAAAGUCCAUGGAUCGAUCGGAGGACACGGAGUCGCAGCCGUACUUGAGAAUGGCAGUGGGCCAGUCGUCUUGCUACGCGCAGACAUGGAUGCGCUACCAGUGGAAGAGGAGACCGGCUUAAACUACGCGAGCAAAGCCACUUUCACGGACCCAGAUGACGGUUCCACUACCGGCCCGAACGAGGAGCGUGGUUCCGGCGCGAAGGCAAUGGUGGACGAUGGCCUGUACAAGAAAGUACCAGUCCCCGAUGUCGUCCUUGCACAGCAUGUUAUGCCCUCCAAGACGGGCACACUUACGGUAAAGAAAGGAACGAUGAUUGCGGCGGCAGACAGCUUUAGAAUUACCUUGUUUCGUCGCGGUGGGCAUGGCAGUAUGCCGCAACUCUGCAUCGAUCCUGUCGUCUUGGCCGCUAAUGUUGUCAUUCGGCUGCAAGGCAUCGUGGCGCGAGAGAUCGAUCCGGCCGAAGCAGCGGUGCUGACUAUCGGGAGUCUUCAGGCUGGACAUACCGAAAAUGUCAUUGCCGACAAAGCUGUGUUGAAAGUUGACAUUAGGAUCCAGCAUGCACAGACCCGAGAGAGGAUUCUGAAAGCUAUGAAGAGGAUUGUCGAGAAAGAAUGCGAAGCAAGCGACUGUGAGAAGCCACCGACCUUCGAGCAGACCCGUCGGUUUCCCUUGACUGUCAACGACGAUACGAUAAUUUCGAAACUGGGAGACACUUUUGCGGGAGUCUUCGGACAAGCAUUUGAUCCCAACCCAUCAAUCGCCAAUGCUUCAGAGGACGUUUCUGACUUGGCAACUGCUAUGAUCGACCGUAUUGUAUGUGGUUCUUCGACGGUGUCGACGCUGAGAAGUGGGACAAGGCGGAGAAAGCUGGACGGAUCGCUGAGGAUAUUCCCGUGA